AUGGCUAGAUUAUAUUCAAGACCUAAAAGAAGCACCAAAUCCAAAGUAGAGCAGCCACCCCCGAAGAAGAAGAAGGAGGAGAUGAAUACUACUACAGUCUCCACCAGGGCUAGCUUAUGUUCAAGACCUAUAAGAAGCACCAAAUUAGAGCAACCGCCGCAGAAGAAGAAGAAGGAGAGGAAUAGUAGUAGUGCAGGAUGGUUUUCACUACAACUAAUUCCAGAUGAGAUCGUUUUGAAUUGUAUAGCACGCAUCUCUAAAUCUCAGUACCGUUCACUCUCCUUAGUCUCCAAGACCUUCCGCUCUCUCAUCUCUUCCCCAGAGCUCUACAGGGUUCGCUCCCUGAUCGGAAACACAGAGCCUUGCCUCUGCAUACGCCAAGAGUUACCCACUCAUGAUCGCUGGUACAUUCUUGACCAAACUCUGGUAACUAGUACCAACAGUAAUGGUUUGAUUAAGGAUGAGUUUAACUUAUUACCUAUCACCACUUCGUCCUCUUUAUCAAAGUCAACCACUUUAGCCGUCGGUUUCGAAGUCUACCAAAUGGGAGGCGACCAGCUGCCAUCAUCCACCGUUCGUGUGCUUGAUUUUAGGACUCGCACUUGGCGUGAUGCUCCUGAUAUGGGGGUAGCAAGGAAACGCCCCGAGUCUGCUCUUAUAGACGGCAAGAUAUAUGUAGUUGGAGGAGAAACAAAGGAGUCCUCCUCCUGGCCUGAGGUUUUUGACCUAAAGUCUCAGACUUGGAAUCCAUUGCCUAGCCUCAAUGAUGACGACAAAGCUGAGGUUCAGCUUCGUAUAGGAGAGCUAUUGGCCACCACAAGUAACCAUAAAAGGUAUGCGUUUGACUCCAAACAAGGAACAUGGAAGGAACAACUAGCCCUUAUGGAACCACUAGGGCUUUCUUAUAAUAGGAGUGGACCUUGGUGCAUUAUAGACAAUGUAAAGUUUAGUGUUUUUAAGCGCAAGCUUAUGUGGUCUGAGCGUGGAAACUGGUUCAGUGUCAAGGGUUUGAAAGAUGUGUGUACCAAGCCUCAUGUUAACCACCAUACAACAAUUCAGUUAGCUAACCAUGGUGGUGGAAGUAUCCUAGUUAUAUGGGACGAGCUACAUUCACUCGAGUUUCCAGUGGCCGGGAAGACGCGGAAACAUGUCUGCACAAACAGGAGAAUUUGGUGUGCUGUGAUUAAGUUGGAGAAGCGCUUCUUCGGAUUGAAGUUUGAGGUUUGGGGGAAGGUUGUACGGUCGAAUGCUUUGCUUACAGUCCCCAAAUCAUUCAAGUUAUUAAGCUGUGUUACCCUUUAA